GCCAGCACCAUCGUCGCUCGCUUCCUCCACAUCUGCUCUCUCCUCUGCUCUGCUCUGUCGCCGUCUCCCAUCUACCCAAUAUGGUCAAGCUCACCUCGUCAGACAACGUUGACUUCUCGAUCUCGAAGGAGGUCGCCUUCCAGUCGAUCCUCAUCAAGAACAUGCUCGAGGACAUUGGCGACUCGGAGGACCAGCCCAUCCCCCUGCCCAACGUCACCGGCGCCAUCCUCACCAAAGUCAUUGAGUACGCGACCCACCACAAGGAUGACCUGCCCGCCCAGUCCGAAGAUGAUCCCAAGGUCAAGGCCUCGGACGACAUUGAUGAGUGGGAUAAGGAGUUCAUCGCUGUCGACCAGGGCACACUGUUUGAGAUCAUCCUGGCGGCCAACUACCUCGAUAUCAAGGGUCUCCUGGAUCUUGGCUGCAAAACCGUCGCGAACAUGAUCAAGGGCAAGUCGGUUGAGGAGAUCCGAAAGACCUUCAACAUCGUCAACGACUUUACCCCCGAGGAGGAGGAGCAGAUCCGCAAGGAGAACGAGUGGUGUGAAGACCGAUAAACCGACUGUCCUGUCUCUCCCCUCAUCUGCCAGCCGCAUUGUCUUGUGGUGUCCCUCGGAGUGCUGCUGCGCGCAUGCAUCGCCAUUUCUCGCCUUUCUUUGUGUUUGUGAAUUCAUUACGCUCCUUCCACUUCUCAAUAAAACUCUCCCCAUCACAGCA